UUAAAAAAAAAAAAAAGGUGUCUUAGGGAGGAGGAGUGCUUGUUUCCUGAAUGAAUUUAGGAAUGGGAAGUGGUGUAGCAACAUUUUAAUCCCCCCCUUUUUUUCUGUGAUUUUUCUUAUAAUUGCCUGCCCCUUGGCCGUGUGCCCCUGAUUUGAUCCCCUUCCCGGUGUGUUUCCUACUUGCUGUCUGUGCGUGUAUCUGAGAACUGUUUACAGAGUGUCCACUAUAUGCCGAGCCCUGCUUGGAUCUGCCGGACUCAGGGGUGACCCAGAUGGCACAGUCCCUGGCCUUGGGGAACUUUUUGUACUUUGAAGUCAGACACAUGGGUGUGAAUGUCAGUUCUCACGUAGUAGCUUUAGACCACGGGCAAGUCACCGAACCUCAGUAAGUCCUUUGUCAUCUGUAAAGUGAAGAGAACAUGUCAUGGGGAUUCAGUGAGAUCCAUUUAGCAAUGGACUGAGCGCAAAAAAAAUUCUUUCCCUCGCUUCUUUGCCCACUUGUUUCUGUCUGUCUAUUCUGUGGGGGUUUUUUGGCUUUUAGUUAGUUGUUUGUUUGUUUACUGUAGGCUCCACACCCAAUGUGGGGCUUGAACUCAGGACCCUGAGCUUGAGUGUCACGUGCUCUCCCGACCAAGCCAGCCAGGCGCCCCUCCAUCCAUCCACUUCAGAGCUGACUGAGAAGGCUUCUGGGUCUUCCCUGGCCAGGGGACUUCUCCCGGCCUCCAGCCAUGCGUCUCUCUGCCCUGCUGGCCUUGGCAUCCAAGGUCACUCUGCCCCGCGACUACCGCUAUGGGAUGAGCCGUCCGGGCUCCCUUGCAGACAGGAGGAAGAACCCUCCAGGGACCCGGCGGCGCCGAGUGGCUGUGGAGCCCAUCUCUGAUGAAGAGUGGCAUCUGUUCUGUGGGGACACGGUGGAGGUCCUGGAAGGCAAGGAUGCUGGGAAGCAAGGCAAAGUGGUUCAGGUCAUCCGGCAGCGCAACUGGGUGGUCCUGGAGGGACUGAACACGCACUACCGCUACGUCGGCAAGACCGCAGACUUCAGGGGAACUAUGAUCCCCAGCGAAGCGCCCUUGCUCCACAACCAGGUCAAGCUUGUGGACCCCGUGGACAGGAAACCCACCGAGGUGGAAUGGAGAUUCACUGAGGCGGGAGAGCGCGUUCGUGUCUCCUCGAGAUCGGGAAGAAUUAUCCCCAAACCUGAUUUUCCCAGGGCAGACGGCAUCGUCCCUGAGACGUGGAUUGAUGGUCCCAAAGACACCUCGGUGGCAGAUGCUCUAGAAAGAACCUACGUGCCCCGUUUAAAGACACUGGAGGAGGAGGUGAUGGAGGCCAUGGGGAUCCAGGAGCCGCGGAGACACAAGAAAGUCUACUGGUACUGAACCCAGGAGAGCAGCCUCUCCCCUCGUCUUCGUCGUGAAGGCCAGGGCCACUCUUCUCCAGACCUCAGUAAAGAGCUAGGAGUCCUCCCCUCCCCUGUGUGCAGCUCUUGCCUUCCGGUAGAUGGAGCCACCUGACCCCGGCACUGUUUCUGGGACUGAAGGAAGGGGCCUCCUCACGUACUGCCAGAACCUGGAUGGAAGUUUGCCAGCCUCCCCCAGGGCAGGGCCUGCAGCCCGCUGGGCAAGAGACCCGUGAGGGAUGGGGCGCCUCCCACGGGGGCGGGCGGUAGGGGUGGGGGGCGUGAGGCCCAGCUGCCG